AUGGGUAUGACUACGGAACCAGAUGUGGAUCUCGAAGGGUUGUCAGAUGUGGAAGCUACGAUAGACUUCACAAACCCAAAAGACUUCACUAGGACUCUCCAAGCGCUCUUGUAUAAUGCCUCCAGCUGCGACCCUACUAGUGACCACACUGUUCUAGUCACAGGGUUUCCUAAGAAAUAUAUUAGCAUCGACGACGACGAGCAACCUCUUUUUCCAGGAUCACGCAAGGCGCUGUAUUUUGAAGAAUCAGAAUCCCUUCUCAUUACAAUGCCUGGAGACCCGCACGAAGUAGCUGCGAUGGAGUUUCACAACUGCCUAAUUAAGAAGAUUGUUGAAGCUGGGUGCUUUGAAGACGUUAUUUCGACUGGGAGAGCGACGGUGUCAAUUGGAGGCGUUCAGAAAGAACCUGACGCAUCCUGGGGCCCUUUUAGGGCCCCAGGAUCCGGGCCUGGCUACAAGACUUGCGUGCUAGAGGCCGCUACAUCAAAGAGCGGCCGCGGUUUAAGCCGCGAUGCUAAGAUAUGGUUGGAACACGAGGAAUCGCAUGUGAUGCAGGUUAUAGGGGUGAAGGUCUGCCGGCGGCGGCCGGAGAUUAUCUUUAAAGUUUGGAAGAGGGGACGGCAGCAGCAAGAUACCAGAGCAAGCCACCCACCACGGGCAGUGGUAGACCAAGAGAUAAUUGUUAGCUUGGAAAAUGGAAGACCAGUGGCUGAGGGGACGUUGUGUCUAUCCUUUGAGGGAAUUUUGGAGCGAAAACCGCGGCUUGGAACGGCAGAGGGAGAUUUUAAGUUCUCCGCGCGCGAGCUCGGAGGGAUCGCAAGAAGAGUGUGGUCAACAAUGGUUUUUUAAAUUGAUGGAUGGUGAGGGCCAAAUGAGAAGGAUUCGCAUUCCAGUUUAUAAACUGUGCUGAUAAGUUCACCCAUCCAUGAACUCGGCCGCAUGGCCACCAUAUCGAUCCCCAGCUACCUCAAACGACUGUAAAAUCGAAUCGAUCUCCGC